UUGCAUUCAUUUUUGAGCAGCCGUGUAGGAGGCAGCUAAAGAAAAUGGCUUUUCAUUGCCGAGUCUUCCUUGCUUUACUUUUAAUUAAUGCAGUAUAUGCACAGGCUGGUGCAGCAAAAGCAACGACCAAUGGAUCCUGGCAGCCUUGGCUAGUUGGACUUACUGCCGUUACUGUGUUCAUUUUCAUUGUCUUUGUCCUGUUGAUAAUGAACAGGAUUUUUUGUACCAAGAAUGACAAACAUGAUCAGCCUGCCAUUGAACUAUCCCCUGGUGAUAGGAAUAAGAAUCAUGAGGACUCUGACUCUGACAGAAAUCGAUCUGCUUGUGAUGGAACACCAGCAUCCAAUGUAUAUUCCAACCCAGUAAUCAUUGAGGAUGAGAAAAGGACAAGCCUAUAAAGCACUCCAACUGGAAGUUCAUGCACAACUUCAAUACUGUCUUUAUUUUCCCCCCGAAUAUAGAGUGAUUGCUUAGUAGCUGAAAGCUGUAAUCUCCUGUAAUGGAAUACUGAGACUAAUAUAGUUGUGCACUUCUUAAGGGCAACUAGAGAUGGGCGAUAAAUACAGAACAGCCAGAAAUGCGCAUGUCUGAUCGGUGAAUAAAAUAAAAACGUGAUGAAUAAAUUGUGAUCAUUUAAGAUGCUUUGCAAGUUAUAAAAAUAUAAUUUGCUACAUUUAAGGUAUUAGUGCAUUUUUCUGCAAGAAUUGGGAAAUAUAUAGAAUUGUAUAAAAGAGCAUCAAUAAAUAAUAAU